AUGCCAGACAGGAUAAGACUCCGGUGUUCCUUGGCAAAGCCCUGUUGGGGUUUACUUAGGGAAAGCUUGCUGAAACGUGUGAAUGGGGUCGUUCUCUUUAUCUCUGGGCCUGGGUUUAAAUUGGGUGAAUGUUCUGGUGCUCCCAAGUCUCCCUCCCAUGGGGAUCAUCUUGUGGGCUGGUGCCGAAGUCCAUCUUUCCUGCUGGGAAGGCUCUUCCCUCCUGACCCCAUCGCCGCUUCUUUCCCUUUCAGGAACGCCAAGAAGGAAGGAGACCUGCUCGCUGCCCAGGCCCGCCUGAAGGAUGUGGAGGCCCUGCUCAACUCCAAGGAGGCUGCGCUCAGCACCGCCUUGGGGGAGAAGCGCAACCUGGAGGCUGAAGUCCGUGACCUCAGAGGCCAGCUGGCCAAGGUGGAGGGAUCCUUGGCCGACAUCAAGAAGCAGCUUCAGGACGAAAUGCUGCGGAGGGUGGAUGCGGAGAACAGGCUGCAGACCCUGAAGGAGGAGCUGGACUUCCAGAAAAACAUCUACAGCGAGGAGCUCCGCGAGAGCAAACGCCGCCACGAGACGCGCCUGGUGGAGAUCGACAACGGGCGCCAGCGGGAGUUCGAGAACAAGCUGGCCGAUGCGCUGCAGGACCUCCGUGGGCAGCACGAGGCCCAGGUCCGGCUCUACAAGGAGGAGCUGGAGAAGACCUAUGCAGCCAAGCUGGAAAACGCCAAGCAGUCGGCCGAGAGGAACAGCAGCCUGGCUGGGACGGCUCACGAGGAGCUUCAGGAGACGCGGAUUCGCAUCGACAGGCAAUAG